AUGGCGAUCCGACGUCGCGUACUUAUGCCUCAAGUGCUGUCCAUGUCAGAUAUCAUGGCGGCUUUGGUUCGAGAGUCCGGCGAAGAUGCCGACGUGCGAUUAUUUGAGUGCUCGCGAUGUCACCGCAAGUUCGCCCGGCCAGAUCAUCUCACGCGCCACAUAAGAUCUCUGAAGGUAAGCCGUGUUUGCGGUGCCGACGCCGAGGCACUCAUGUUGCACACAGACGCUGAUACCCACCUGAGCGGCGGGGCACAAAGGAACGGAGGGUUUCAAAGCCCGCACCUUCUUUGGGACCAAUACAUGGCCGCGGAUGACCUUUCUCUCCGGCCCGCCGACCAACUGUUCGACAUUUUCCAAGGCGACAUUGCAUGGGACGAGCACCUGCUAGGAGACGCCCAUACCCCCAACGAUGCCAGCAACGACGACCAGGAUGCCGCCACCCCCGAGCAGGCCGUCGUGGUCGCCGGCGCCAAAGCCUUCCGCGACUCCAUCUGGCACUGGAUCCCGGGACCAAAUGACUUCAGCGCCGCUCACGAGCCACACCUUUCCCUCCCCCAGAGCACGAGCCAGAUGCUCGGCGAACCCCCGAACAACCACCCGCUGGCGCAAGGAAGCGUUCUCCCCGUCGCGGAUCGGGACAGGACUCUGUCGCUCCUCCUGUCGCAUUGCAAAACCGCCAACAUCGCCACAAUCACCACAUCCCUCAUCUCCAACGAUUUCAUGGACAAGAUGCUGCGCGUCUUUUUCCGGACGCAGCUCACCGAUGCGUGGUCUUGGUUCCACGUUCCAACCUUUCGCGCCGAAGAGUGCCGUGAAGAGCUGUUGCUCGCCUUUGUCUCUCUCGGCGCAUCUCUGAUGCCACUAGCUGCUUCAAGGAAAUUAGCAAUUGCUAUAUCGAACGUUCUCUUCAGCGUCCUAGGGAAAAAGUGGACGAGCAAUAGCAUGCUCACGCGAGACCUACAACUGAUGCAGGCGUUUGCUGUGAAACUGAAAGUGCUCCUUUGGAGCGGCAAUAAGCGGACAAUGGAGAUGGCAGAAAGCGUCUGCCAGCCGGUAAUCACUGUUCUCCGGCGGUCAGGCAUGGUCAUGGCCAAUUACUACGAAACCGUUGUCCUGCUUGAUACCGACACUGAGGCCGAGUUGGAAAGGAAAUGGCACGUUUGGGCAGAGCACGAAUCUAGGAUAAGCUGUGACAUAUGCGACCCUAAACUCACUCUUGACGCUGAAUUUCGUCUCCAUGGCACUCUACGCACCCUCCGCGCCCUGCCCAUAUUUGCAGGAAAGGACGGGGAAGCCUCCUCGCAGCGCAUCUACCCAAUGCUCCAGGAGUGGACGCAGACCCGAGACGCCCGCCAAGCGCUUUGGCACGCGGGCCAGGUGUACCGCACCAUGAGACUGAUGGCCGGACAAGUGGCGCGCGAGUUCCAGGCUGUCGCGAUCUACCAAGCAAGUCUGGUGUUUUGGGUCUACGGCAUCAUUGUCGGGGCGCGAAACAAGCGGGCCCGACCGUUCUUGCAGGCGGUUUCUAUAUCCAUUACUCUUCUUUACUCACUCCUCGACCUCCGACUUGUCAUGGAUAAUUCGAUUCAGCAGGCUUUCGUUCACGUCUUGGACACUCUUGGCCCGGUAAACACUGCACUAACCUUAGCCGAGCUUCACGACCGAUAUGGCCCCGUUGUACGCAUCGCGCCGAACGAGGUUUCCAUCUCCGAUUGGCGAGCCUACAGGGAGAUUUACACAAACAAAGCCAACGUCAAGGAUGAGGAAUUCUAUGGAGCAGCCAAGUUUUUAAGGCUGGAGAACAUUUUCAGCAUGAGAAACCAUGCAAUGCAUGCCGCGCGACGCAAGAUGCAGUCCCAGCCAUACUCCCAGGCAGCAGUCUUGGAAAACGAGCACUUGGUAGCCUCCAAAGCCCGCAUCAUGGUCGAUAGGAUGAUCCACGGUGCGCUCAACUCGGUCUCCGGCGAGACAGUCGACGUAUACAAGCUGUGCGGCAUGUUCAGCCUCGAGGUGAUCCUUCAGUGCGCAUUCAACCACGACUCCGGGGAGCAAGCCGAUGGGGAUUCGCUGCAGUUCUUGCUCGCCAUGGAUGGCUCGGCUCCGUGCAUGCCAAUCUCCGCAGUCAUGCCUUUCAUCCCCAAGCUGGGCAUUGGGAAAUACUUUCCCGGAUUCAUCGGGGAGAGCUACACAAACCUGGAGAAGUGGGCAGACAUCACGCGGGGCUUGCUCACGGAGUUUGAGAACAAGGAGGCGUCUCUAGACAAGACCAAACGCUUCAUGGCAACGCCGCUCCUCACCAACAGGGAUGACUACCUCGGACGACAUCUUACCCCGGACGAGAUCCUGGAAGAAGCAAUGGGUAUCGCCUUUGCGGGCAGUGGGACAACGUCCACAACCAUGUUUUAUAUCAUCUACUGCCUGUCCCUUCCGGAGUCCGCCGGAUAUCAAGAGUCCCUACGUAAGGAGCUGGUCCAAGCAGCAGCAGGCAGCAAGCUCACGAUCAAGGUGGCCCAAGACCUUCCAUGGCUCAACGCGGUGAUCAAGGAGGCAAUGCGCCUACAUCCGACCAUCAUUUCGACACUCCCCAGGAUCCUAAAAGAAGAUACAACGUUGGUUCUCGCUGGUGGAAACACUUUUGUCCUUCCUCAAGGCACCAAAGUGGGCAUGCAAAACUAUAUCCACCACCGAGACCCCGCGCUAUUCCAAGACCCAAAGAGAUUUGCCCCCGAGAGGUGGCUUACUGCUGACCCGGCAAAGAUGAAGGACAUGAUUUCCGGCAAAUGGGCGGGAAUGUAG